CACCACUGGGAGCUCAGCAUUUUAGUAAAAUCUCCUCAAGGGCAUCAUGAGCAACGACAAGAACAACAUCAUGCGUGAAAUCAAAGUGGAAAAGUUGGUGAUCAACUGUUGCGUGGGGGAAUCCGGCGAUAAGUUGACCCGCGCUGCCCGCGUGUUGGAACAACUGACUGGCCAAAAGCCCUUGUACUCGAAGGCUCGCUACACCGUGCGCACGUUCGGCAUCCGUCGUAACGAAAAGAUCUCGUGCCACGUGACCGUGCGCGGCGAAAAGGCGCUUGAAAUCCUCGACCGCGGCCUCAAGGUCAAGGAGUACGAGUUGAAGAAGCGCAACUUUUCCGACACGGGCAACUUUGGGUUCGGGAUUGAAGAGCACAUCGACUUGGGGAUCAAGUACGACCCUUCCACGGGCAUUUACGGGAUGGAUUUCUUCGUCGUGUUGACCCGCGCGGGCAUGCGUGUGGCGCGCCGCAAGUUGCGCCAAACGCGCGUCGGCGCCCCCCAUCGCCUCCGCAAGCAAGACGCGAUGAACUGGUUCACGACCAAGUACGAAGGUCUCAUCAUGUAAAUCAUGACACUGCAGCCUAGCCAACGUCAUAACACGCACUUGAGGAGCUACUUUUUCC